AUGUCCUUUUCCAACACGUCCACCGGCGACGCGCCCGCCGACCCCUACACCAAGGCCAACGCCGACACCAAGGUCGACGGCCCGCAAAAGAUCAAGGACUUUACCGACUUCAUCACGACCAGCAAGUACGGCAUGCUGACGACCCGUCAGGCCGGCUCCAGCCGCCUCGUAUCGCGCAGCAUGGCCCUCGCCGGCACCGAGAGCAACGGCAUUGACCUCGUCUUCCAAAUCAACACGGAGUCCGGCAAGACUGACGAUAUUGCCAGCGACCCCGACGUCAACGUGUCAUUCCUCGACCCAAAGGGCUCGUGGGCGUCGGUUGCUGGCCGCGCGACCGUCGUCACGGACCGCGCCGAGGUACAAAAGUACUACAGCCCCGUCCUCAAGGCCUGGCUCGGCGACCUGGGCGACGGCGUGCACGACGGGUCGGAAAAUGACCCCCGAAUCGGGCUGAUCAAGCUCCACGCAGAGACUAUUACGCACAAUGUGGCAGAGUACGGUGCGAUCAAGACGGCGGCCAAGGUGACGGCGGCGGCUGUCAAGGGGAAGCCGGCCGAGGUCAACAGUUUGAGAUAUGUAUCUGAAGACGAGCUGAAAGCUUGGAGGUCGCUUUAUGAGUGUGUCCAGCUUUGUAUGUCGAGCUUGCCAUUCCGUUCGGAGUCCUCCAACGUUGGUCCCAAGGAAACCCUAGAAUAUCAUGGCCUGGACCCCGAGAGUCAGGAACCCGCUAAACACAACCCGUGUGGACGACAAUGCCCGCAUUAUACGUGCUUGGAUUGA